CAAAGCGGGAAUGUGGAAAUCUGGUUUGUUGAUUCCAAGUGAUUGUAUCUGAAUUAGCGGCCUAUAAAAUAAUUUCGCCAACCAGAAUGCCGCCGAGUAGCCUUCGAGUCGUAUACGCGUUCGCCAGAGAGAUGCACCCAAAAACAACGGACGUAUUCAUUGAAUACGGUACAGCCGGAUUCCGAACUAAGGCCAGCUUGUUGGAACAUGUCGUUUACCGGAUGGGCCUCCUCGCGGUACUUCGAUCCCGCUGCAAAAAUGGCCGCACGAUAGGCCUGAUGAUAACAGCCUCGCACAACCUGGAGCCCGACAACGGGGUCAAGCUCAUCGACCCUGACGGCGAAAUGCUGGAGCAGAGUUGGGAGGAGGUUGCGACCCGACUCGCCAAUGUCAGCGACAAUGACUUAGAAUCAACGACUGGGGAGAUCAUAAAGGAAGUCAACGCAGACAUGUCUCUGAAGGCCAGCGUCUUUAUUGGAAUGGACACGAGGUACACAAGUCCCCGUCUAGCCGCAGCGGCGGUGCACGGCGUUAUAGCUCUGAAGGGUACUCCAAAAGAGUUCGGGAUUGUGACGACACCGAUACUACAUUUCUGCGUUAAGUGUCGCAACGACAACACCUAUGGGACGCCAACUGAGGAAGGGUACUACGAAAAAAUCGUAGGCGCGUUCAAAAACAUACGUCAAAAGUUACCGGUGUACGGCGCGUACAACGCCACCCUGCACGUAGACGGAGCGAACGGCGUCGGCGGAAAGAAACUGAACAUCAUCAAAAAGAGCUUAGACGGAGAACUGGAUCUGGUGCUUUCGAACCUGGGCGGUAAUGGAGGGAAAUUGAAUUUGAAUUGCGGCGCGGACUUCGUGAAAGUGUCACAGAAGCCCCCGGUGGGCAUGGAACUGGUGCCGCUACAGCGGGUGGCUUCGGUCGAUGGUGACGGAGACCGACUCGUGUACUUCUACAUGAACGAGGCCUGCGACACCAUGCACCUACUCGACGGCGACCGUAUAGCGACGCUUUUGGCCAGCUUCAUAAUGGAUCAACUGAAAGCCUGUAACGCUAAAGGACUCCGGAUAGGCCUCGUGCAGACCGCGUACGCUAACGGCGCGUCUACACGAUACAUUACAGACGAACUGAAAAUGCCAGUGACGUGCGUAAAGACGGGCGUCAAGCAUCUGCACCACGCGGCGCUGUCGUACGACGUCGGGGUGUACUUCGAGGCGAACGGCCACGGUACCGUGGUGUACAGUAAGGAGGCCAAGAACGUCAUCGCGAAAAUCGCUGAAGAUGGCGACACAGAAGAACGCAAAGCCGCAGACCUGCUACUCAACUUUAUAGAUAUGACCAACGAGACGGUUGGGGACGCGAUAUCAGACUUAUUCCUUGUUGAGACCGUGCUAUGUGCGCGAGGACAUAACGCGCACCAAUGGAUGAGUGCGUACACAGACCUGCCUUGUCGACAGCUCAAGGUCACCGUAGAGGAUCGUAACGCAAUAUCGACAGCCGACGCAGAGCGUCAGUGCACGUCGCCAGAAGGGCUCCAGUGCAGGAUAGAUGAGCUGGUCUCCAAGUACACCAGCGGGAGAUCGUUCGUCCGUCCGUCCGGUACCGAAGACGUUGUCAGAGUAUACGCUGAAGCGGACACGCAAGAGUCUGCAGACAAAUUGGCGGCCGAGGUGUCUCAAGCGGUCUACGAUCUAGCGGGGGGUGUCGGCGAAAGACCGACGUUGCCCGAAUAACAAUGUACAUAUGAAUUAACUAAGACGAUUGCGUAGGAAGGCCAUAUUUGUAAUAUUUUUUAUCUACGCUCAUUCAUAUCUUGAAAUCCUUAUUCAUCACAAGCAUCGGCCUAUUCCCACUGCUGGGCAACAGGCCCUUUCUCAUACGAGAGUGGGAUAAGUGCUGAUUCCCUACUCGUAUUUUUUUUUUCAAGAAAGUCUUAGUACCCUUUUUUAUAUUAUUAUUAAAAUAACCUACAUUCAUAAAAAUCGGGGACCAGUUUUGGGAGUUCAUAAUUUCUAAAUUGGGAGCUUCAUUUCAAAAUUCAUAAUAUAAUCUAAACUGGAGAGCUAUUUUAAUAAUUUUUAAUUUCUAAAUUGGGGCGUAAUUCUAGAUAUUUAUUAUUACUUUGACAAUUGAUAAUAUCUGAAUCGGGUAGGAGAUUUGUGAAUUUAUAAUUUCUUAAUUAGAGACCAUUUUGGGAAAUUAUAAUUUCUAAAUUUAGGACCGUUCUAUAAUUUAUACUUUCUAAAUUGGGGAUUGUUUUGUAUUUUAAUAUUGGGUAAAAAAAAGGGCUUUUGGGUAAAUUUAUACCUAAUUUUUUAAUUGGCUGAAUUCUUAGACAGGGACUAGUUUUCACAUUAACAAACAAACUGUACGGCCAAGUAUUUAUCGUUCCGGUAUAGUGGGCACAUAGAGACUUUAAAGUCGAACUAAGAUUUCGAAAUUAGUCGCAUUAAAUUAGUUUCGUGGCGACCGCCUGCCUGCAUUGGCCCAGCGUGGUGGGUCUAUGCUUAACCCUCAGAACAUUAAUAGGCAAAUUAAUUUAAUCGACUAUUUCACGUGUUAACCUCUAAUAUCAUAAUAUAAGGGGUAUUGUUAUAAUAUAGACGUAAAAUUCUAGAUUAAAUUAGUAUUUUGAGACUAUGUAUAUGCCACUAAUUUCGUAAUGGGAUUUUAACAUAAGAUUUAACUACUUGCGUUCUUACAAUCUUACACCGUCCACAUGGAAUCUAUGGAUCUUACACCAGAGUAUUAAAUGUGAGGUUUUCUACCUACGUUUACUAAUUCGAUCGCGUUUAAGUCAACUACGAUUUAUAUGGUAUCUGAAGAGCGCCAUCUCGUUAAGAUACUGAGAUACUCUACUCGCUCGUCGCCGUCACUAGAUGGCGCUUUUCCGUGCUCAUAAAUGAAAAAAUUGAGUACUCUAUUUUUUCUCACUUGUUUUAUUAUGUAAACAAUUAUUUCAUUACUUUUCUGUGAAUCAUGAUUUAAAAAUACC